CAGGUUUUUUUCUGCAAACAAUCUAUGUAUAAAUACAUAUGACUUAUUAUAUAAAUUAUGUUUUUAUGCAAAAAACAUAAGUCAUGUCGGAUGCUUUUGAGGAAAUACAAGCGAUUAAAAUAAAGAGGAAUAGUUAUCGCGAGAAAUUACAGAAGAGAAAACGUGAGAGACAUGAAUUGCUCUCGUCUACACCAGCUUCGUCCACCUUGACGACGGAAUCUGCAUAUUCUGACUCUAAUGCAUCAUCACGCUCUGACCACAGUGAAUAUGAAAGAGAUGUACUCUGCAUUCUGCAUGAAUCACUACCCAGUCUACCAAUAACAUCUGCUGACUUGAUAGAUCAGUUGCGAAAAAAUCUCAAUGCUGAUGUAUCAUCUUCUGAUAUACACAAGAUCCUGGAAAAGUUGGCUGCGCAGGAUAUAGUUAAGAUCAAAGAAGUAACGGAGAAUGGAGUAUUUGGAUAUACAGUCUUGUCUGUCUCAGAAUCCCAAUCAUGUCAGUUUCAAUCUGAUGAUAUUGAAAAUGCUGAGAGUAUAGAAAUGUCGGUAGCUGAAUUAAAUGAUUAUGUUCCUUUGGAAAAGCAAGCAAAAGUAGAUAAAAAGAAUACAGAGGACAUUAUGUUCUUAAUAUCAAUGCCAACCAUCAGAGAAAAAGAGAACAAAAAGGUGGGAGAGCAGAUUUUAGAUCUGUUGUCCAAGCAGACUUCCAAGGAGAAAUCACUGGCAGAACGAUUUCGCUCUCAGGGAGGCACUCAAGUUAUGGAAUUCUGUCCACAUGGUACAAAAAUAGAUUGUAUGAAAUUGAACGGUAGUCCAGGAUUUGCAGAAAAAUGUAAAAAGCUGCAUUUUAAGAAGAUCAUACAGAGUCACACGGAUGAAUCGUUAGGUGAUUGCAGUUUCCUCAAUACGUGCUUUCACAUGGACACGUGCAAAUAUGUCCAUUACGAAGUAGACGGUCCUACAGCUCAACCAAAGGAAACUAAUGAUUCUGAUAGCCCAAGCAAUGCCACAUCUAACAAAACGGUGAAUCUAGAUAGCAAGAAUGGCACUCCUACUAGCAGCAAUGUAGGCAGUGAGUUGACCUUGUACCCACCACAGUGGAUCCAAUGUGAUUUGCGCUAUCUUGACAUGACUGUCCUCGGUAAAUUUGCUGUGAUUAUGGCUGAUCCUCCUUGGGAUAUUCACAUGGAACUACCUUAUGGUACAAUGUCUGAUGACGAAAUGAGGCAGUUGGGUAUUCCGGCGCUUCAGGACGAAGGACUUUUGUUUUUAUGGGUGACCGGUAGAGCUAUGGAGCUCGGAAGAGAGUGUCUGCAGUUAUGGGGCUAUGAAAGAGUUGACGAAAUCAUCUGGGUAAAGACUAAUCAGCUGCAAAGGAUAAUACGAACUGGUAGGACAGGCCAUUGGUUGAAUCAUGGUAAAGAACACUGUCUUGUUGGGAUGAAAGGUAAUCCUCGUAUCAAUCGCGGAUUAGAUAGCGACGUGAUCGUUGCUGAAGUACGUGCUACCAGCCAUAAACCUGAUGAAAUUUAUGGUAUUAUUGAGCGUAUGAGCCCCGGAACUAGAAAAAUUGAACUAUUCGGUAGGCCGCAUAAUGUGCAACCAAAUUGGAUUACGCUGGGCAAUCAAGUAGAAGGUGUUCAUCUGAUUGAUCCACAGCUGAUCAAAGCCUUCAAGAAACGUUAUCCUGACGGAAACUCGAUGAAGCCGACCAAACCGUAAGAUAGUUGUUUAAAACUUCUCGAUAUUUGAGCGUUAAAUUCGAUUUGUCGUUUGUCGACAGAAAAAGCGAGAUAUAAAAAAAUUAAGAACUGCAAACUCAAGAUCAUAAUUCGGCAUCUGUCAAAGUGGUUCUGUGAUCUGUGAAAAAUACAUGUUUCUUAUCCUAUUGUGCGGUCUGAGUUUUGUGAUUGAAUCGAAAGAAGAGUUGUCAUUAUAUUUUAGGUGCGUGUGUGUAUGUGCUCUAUGGAUUUCACGUGUGUUUAUAUAGAAAUACUCUUUUAUUUUUACAUUAAGUACACGAACUUCUGCGUAUUUUUCUUGCUUCUGAUGUAUCAAUCCAAAGUAGUCGCUAAAGUAUCGAGGAGCUUUAAAUUGAUUUAAAUUUAAUUUAAUAAAUUGACGAAAGAAUGAUUUAAUUUAUAGUAUUUCAAACAAAUUUUUAAGAAAAAAUGUUUUUUAUCAUACUAUUAUAUAUAUUUAUAUAU